UGUAUGCUAUAACGAGUAAUGAUAGUACUCAUUAAUCUGCCGUACAGGAGCGUGAUGUUGAAGGUGUGUUUUCAUUUCAAAACAGUAAUUUUCUAUACCGUUUAGUCUUUCGAUGCGACUUAUUUGACAAAACUGCGAGAGCUUGACUUUCAAUAAAAAACUUUGUUUUCCACAAAUCGACUUGGGUCGAUGUGAGCACUUUUUUUGGCUCGGAUUCGUUGGGGCCGAUUAACCAUGCUCGGUGAUACCGGACUUUGCCAGUGCAAGAAAUGUGUUACUCGGGGAAGGCACAGGUUUACUUACUCGGGGUACAUAGCGUAUAUUCGCUCCCACGAAAUCAGUUCUACUAAUGCUGCUGGAAUUGGUGGAUCUUUGGUCGUUGGAUCAGAUGAGGCGGGCAGAGAGGCGGAGGCAGAGAAAACACAGCGUCUCCUGAUGGACCCCAUCUUGAAGCCACUCCUUGAGGAUCUCUGUCAGUGGCUCGGCAGAAUCCUCGAAAUAAAAAUCUCUCCUGACAACUUUUGGGUACCACUACAGACUGGUGAUGAUCUUUGUAGGCUCGCUUUGGGUAUAGCCAAGAAAGCUGAAGAAAUGGGAAUGAAAUGCCCGACGCUGAGAUUCAAGUCUGGCGCAAAAGCUGGCUCUUUUCAAGCUAGAUGUAACAUAGAGGCAUUUUUGAAGUGGGCGAAGGACUUGGGAGUACGAGAAACCUGCUUAUUUGAGACAGCCGACAUUGUAGAACUUAAGUUUAUCAGAAAUGUUUUGAUAUGCAUGUUGGAGAUAUCUAGGUUAGCAGACCGCUACGGGGUAGAGCCCCCCGAGCUCGUUAAGCUUGAAAAGUCCACCAAGAUACGCUGGCAGGAUCUGAUCAAGCUGAGCAUGAAACGCAGCUCGGGCGGAAAGGUUCUGAGUGUAGCUGCUAUCUCGACUACUGUCGGUGAAAUACAGAAUGAAGUUAAUAAAGCUGACGAGGAAGGGAUAGAACUGGAGCGGUCUUCCUCAGCGGUUAAGAGAUGGAAAUCGUUCACCAAGUCGUCACUCAUAUCCCGAGGAGGUAUCGUUUCCCCCGACCCUAGCAAGAUUUUGGACGAGAUGCAAUCUUCGCCACGGUUUGGUACGCCUGAUUCUAUGCUCUCCUCAUCUUUCGGGUCACCCGAACCUAGGAUGGAUAUCCUCGAAGAUGAGGCUACAUCAUCUGGUGAUAUUGCAGUAUCACCAACUACUGGUUCAUCUAUUUCUGGCAGGGCUGCAUCUAUAGGGUCAGUCACAGCAGCGUCACCUGAUGUGGAUAUAGAUAUGUUCGAGGCAGAAAACAUGAAAAAAGAUGUGAUACCAUUCGAAAGAGCAAGUCCAAAAGAGCAGUUCCCUGAUCGAAGACCAGCAGUAGAUAUCGUGGCAGAUUAUGAGGCUGGAUCAGCUGGUGAUAUUGCAGUAUCCGCUGGAUCACCUAUUUCUGGCAGAGCUGCAUCUAUAGGGUCAGUCACAGCAGUCUCGCCUGUCCAAAGAGCAACUCCCAAAGAGCAGUCCUCUAAUCGAGGAGUAGAUUUUGAAGAUAUCACUGAAGGUUUAGAUUCUGAUAAAACAGAAGUUGUUCUGAGUCUGGAAGAAGGUACUUUCCAUGAUGAUGACGAAGAUAUGGUAUGUGAAGAUUUACCAAUGGAUGGUGUUGAAUUGGAAUUGGAGUUGGAAACUGAAGACAUAGCUUUGGGUGAUCAAGACAUCAAUAUAUCUGUGGAGCAGAAUCUUGUCGAAGCGGUCCACUCUCAACCUGACUUUGGUUCUCCAGACGUCGCAUUGGAAUUGGAAACCGAAGACAUGGCUGAUGAUCAAGAUCUCAACAUACAUGUGGAGCAACAUCUAGUAGAAGCGGUUCAUGCAACACCUGAAUAUGAAGCUGCAGACGGAGUGGAGGCAAGACCAGCAAGAGAUGUAGCAGUUGAAGUGGAACAAGUCGCCAUAGUGGUGGAUGCGUCUACACCAGUGGAGGCGUCCACAUCUGACGAAGAGUACUCGAGUGACUCACUUAGUGAGGAUGAGGAGGAUGAGGAAUACCUACCAGUGUCAUCAGGUCCCCAGCUGGAGAUAGAGACGAAGGAGGAUGUUCCAGUCGAGGAGGAGUUGGUUGUGGAGCCGAUUGUGUACGAGACCAAAGAUCGUGUUAUCCCAUCUGCUCCGGUGAUGGAGAUACUUGUUCACUCAGCAACCAAAGAUGAUCCCGAACAACAGGACGGACGCACAAAUCCAGCAUGCGAAGGUGAUUCAAUCGAGUCCCGACAAAGUCAGGUACCUUCUACCUCAGUCUCACCACCUACCUCGAGCUCAGUACCUCAAGUAGCCUCAGGCGGUGAGGGUGAGGGUGAGGGUGAGGGUAAUAAAGUUGAUAUCACCUGGUGGUUCGCUCUCUGUUACCCUGCUGUUUUCUCUGGAAAUAAGGAUGGGUCGAGAUUCUCCCAAGAACAAGUCGAAGAGUUGGAAUUCAAACGAUCAGUUUAUCUGCUAUGCGGAAUAAUCUUUACAAUAAUCGGGACAGCUUUGGGAGUUACUGAUGCUGUUCUGGGCAUUAAUGACGGAUCAGGGGCUGAGGAUAUCGGAAUAUUGACACCUACGUGGUUCUUUGUCAUUUUUGGUUUUGCUGUCGCUUGUCUCAUCAUAGGACUGUCUCUCAUAGCUCUGUGGGUUGUGCAAAACAUGAAAAUGAGACAGAAAAAGCGAUCAUCAUUCGAAAAAGCGACAGAUUACGGUGCAAUCCGAUAAAGAUAGGACUUAAUAUUGCCUGAUAAAGCAUAGUCACAAUAGUUAGACUCAGUUAGUUAUCUACUAGAAAGAUAGAAAGUAGACACAAAGGAUAAGCCGGAAAACUGCGUCGAUAUCGUGGAAAAAACUGUCUACAACUAACAAAACUUUAUUUUAGUAGAGUUGCCAUUUUACUAUUUUAUUUCUGUAAAGCAAUACCUUAAAUUUAACCAUUAAAAUCGCUAGAUCUGAUCUGGCCACCAAAAGCACUAGC